AUGCUGCUGCUGGCGGGCACGGCCGCGGCGGGUUUGCUGCUGCUGCUGCUGCUGCCGGCGUUGGUGGCCCUCCGCUCGGCGCCCUACUUGUGGGCCGACGCGGCGGCCCUCGCCGGCGUGCUGCUGGCGAGCUUGCGCUGCGAGUGGCGCCUGGUCCGUCGGCCCCCCGUCACCCUCCUCGAUGUCUUCCAGGCGCACGUCCGCCGCCAGCCCCGGCGGCCUCUGCUCCUCUUCCAGGACGAGCUUUACACCUACGAGGACGUGGAGCGUCGCAGCGCCCGCGUCGCCCGCGCCUUGGAGCGCCGCCUGGCUCUCUGCCGGGGCCAGGUCGUCGCCGUCUUCCUCCCCAACUGUCCCACCUACGUCUGGACCUGGCUGGCGUUGGCCAAGUUGGGUUGCACCAUGGCCUGCCUCAACUCCAACGCCCGCGGCCGGGUGCUGCGGCACGCGCUCGCUGCCGCCCGGACCACCGUGAUGCUCACCAGCCCCGAUCUCCAGGCAGCGGUCGAGGAGGUGCUGCCAGACCUGCAGCAGGACGGCAUCCACGUCUUCUACCUGAGCGACGAAUCGCCAACGGCGGGUGUCGAGGCCCUUGGGCCAAGCAUCAAGGCAGCCUCGGAUGACCCGCUGCCAGCCUACUACCGCGCUGACAUCACACCUGACUCCAAGGCCAUUUACAUCUUCACCUCUGGCACCACAGGGUUGCCCAAAGCAGCAGUGGUAACGGAGAAGAAGCUGCUGCUGGUGGCCAGCCUGUCCCGGCUGUGUGGCUUCCGGGCUGAGGAUGUCGUGUACACGCCGCUGCCGCUGUACCACUCAGCAGCACUGCUCAUUGGGCUGGGAGGGUGCUUGGAGGUCGGAGCCACCUGUGUACUGCGGGCCAAGUUCUCCGCCUCUCAGUUCUGGGAUGAUUGCCGCCACUACAACGUCACCGUCAUCCAAUAUGUGGGCGAGCUCAUGCGCUAUCUCUGCAACACGCCCAAGCGCCCUGGUGAGUGCAACCACAACGUGCGCAUGGCAGUGGGCAAUGGCAUGCGGGCGGAGGUGUGGAAGGAGUUCCUCCAGCGCUUUGGGCCCAUCACCAUCCGGGAGUUCUACGGGGCCACCGAGGGCAACGCUGGUUUCAUGAACUACACAGGGAAGAUUGGUGCUGUGGGAAGGGCCAACGUGUUCCUCAAGAAACUUGCCCCCUUUGAGCUGAUCAGGUACGACGUGGAGCAGGAUGAACCCAUACGUGACGAGCGAGGUUUCUGCAUCCCAGUCCGCCCCGGCGAGGCUGGGCUCUUGGUCAUCAAAGUCACCAAGAAGACCCCUUUCCAUGGCUAUGCUGGAGACCCCGAGAAGACGGAGAAGAAGAUCUUGAGGAACGUCUUGGUGAAAGAUGAUGUUUUCUUCAACAGUGGUGACCUCCUCAUGAUGGACCAUGAAAAAUUCCUCUAUUUCCAAGACCGCGUGGGAGACACUUUCCGUUGGAAAGGUGAGAACGUGGCCACGACGGAGGUGGAAAACACGCUAGCCACAGUGAACUUCAUCCAGGAGAUCAAUGUCUAUGGGGUGUCUGUGCCAGGGUGUGAGGGGAAGUGCGGCAUGGCGGCCAUCCGCCUCAAGCCCGGGAUGAGCUUCGAGGGCGAAAGCCUCUAUGUGCAUGCCAAGGACUGCUUGCCGAGCUACGCCACCCCGCGCUUCGUGCGGCUCCAGGAAGCCCUGGAGAUCACGGGGACCUUCAAGCAGUGCAAAGGCAACCUCGUCAAAGAAGGCUUCAACCCCAACAUCAUCAAGGAUCCGCUCUUCUUCCUGGACGAGAUGAAGAAAUCCUACGUGCCCUUGAGCCCCGAUAUCUACACAGACAUCCUGGAGACGAGGCUCAAACUGUAG